AUCAAGUCUUGAAUUAUACUUACUUUUCUUAAGUAAACUAGGUACCCGUUUAUUUAUUGGAAAUGAGUUUUAAUGUUGACGAUCCUUUAGCUGGUAUACUUAGUGAUGGAAGCGACGAUAGUUUUUUUGAUGACGAUAUAUUAGGGAAGAAAAAACCCUCCAAAAAAACGGCCACACCAACUAUUGAAAGGAAACAGUCUUUGUUUAACAUAGAUUCAGAAUCAUUAAAGCCCACUAAUAAAGCUGAUAUAGAAGACAAGAAUAUCAAAGCUAUAAAUGUUACAAAAAAUGAUAAUAAAGCAAUGGAUUUUGGUGAUCGAAAUAAAAGCGAUUUUUCUAGAGAUUCUUUGAAAGGCGAAGCAAAACCUAAACAGUUAGUUGACAAAUUAGAAUUCGCUAAAUCUCCUAGUAAACUAAAGUUAAGUGCGAAUCAUGACACUCUUGACAUGUUAGGUGAGUUAGCAGUCGGAAAAAAAGACAUUGUUAAACCACUAGAAAAAGGAAAAAGUUCGCAGUCACUAUUGGAUGAUAUUCUAGGUGGGUCCUCUAAGACUGUUUCGAGUCAAGCAGCAAAACCGACCACUGCAGCAAAAAGCCAAGACUUUGAUUUUGAUUCGAUUUUAGGAAAAAGUGAUUCAAAGCAAUCUGUGGCAAAGAAAAAUAAUAAACCAAAAAGUACAGACAAGAUUAAAGAAAACGCUGCACCUAAGAAAAAGUCUGGUGAUGAUUGGCUUGGUAUAUUUCAAGAUAAAAACGAGAACAAUGAUGACAAUGAAGAUGAUGAUGCAGGUAUGCCGUCGUGGUUAGUUGGGUCGGAUGCUAAGAAAAAGAAACCUGUAAAUGUAAAUAAAGCAACUCCAGAACAACCUCUUGAAGAACCCCUUAAGCAGUUGGAUGAGGUUAAACAAGAAACAAAUGUAAAUGUCAACGUGGAAAAUCCUAAAGUUGCUAGAGCUCCAACUCCAAACCUAUUACCUACAGGGACUGAAGAUAUAACCACUGAAGGUGCAACUCUAUAUCUGCAACAACAGGAAUCACAGCUAAUGAUUGCUUUACAGUUGAAAGCACAAGAAGAAAAACUAGCCGCAAUGCAGAUGCGUCAGAAGGAGAGUCAAAGGGUCCAGCGUGAGGCUGAAUUAGCGCAUCAUGCUCAAUUAGAUUCCAUGUUGCAACGACAAUCUGCUCACAGACAGCAGAUGCAAGCGAUAAUAUCUGCACAUCAAGAACGUAUUACACAAAGAAUAAAGGCGCUAUUAGGUACAACUAGUAUAGAAAAUAACCCAAAUAAUUCCGAAGAUGUGCUUGUUACUACCACUGAGGCAGAACAGAAAGAAACUCCUUACAUGAAGGAGAAAAGGCAGUUGCUUCAGUUAGUUCAAUCGUUACAAGAAAAUCACGAUAAGGAAAUAGACUUAAUGGAAACCUCAUACAGGCGUCAACUAGCUUUCUUAGAAAUUUCUCUUAGUCAAGCAGAAGAAAGAAUGAAGGAAGAAAGUGACAAGUUAGUUAAAUAUUACUCUGAAAAGAUAAAUUGGCUAGAACAACAUCAUCACUUGUUCAAAAAGUUAACUGAAGACAAUGUGAACGCGCUAACGGAGCGCCAUAAAGCAGAAAAUGAAUUGUUAAGAGAACAGCAUCUGGAGAAUAUUAGAAUUUUACAAGAACAUCAUGUAACGCUGAUGGAGAAUAUUAAAAAGGCAGUAAAACACGAACAUGAACUCAUUCAAGAAUCAGCAGGUUUUUCAUCUGAUCUGCAUGAAUUAGUGACAGAUGUUAAAGAAAAUAAAUCCCAGUGCCAAAUACUAUUAGAAAAAGUUCAAGCGAUUGCAGAUAACGCUCAGCGAGAUACCGAAAAAAGUUUAGUGGCAAGAGAAACACAAAUAAAUGAUAUGGUCCACCAACUGAAAAAAGAGCGUGAAAAUUUUGAAAGCGAAAAAAUAGAAAGUAAAGAAGUAGUUAAACUGCUAGAAAACAGAUUAAAACAAAUGACUACGUUAAUUGAGGAAGAUACAGCGGCUUUAAAGCAAAGAAAAAUGGAAUUCGAGUUUGAAAAAGCUACCUUCAAUAAACAAACAGAAUUCGCUAAAACUAUUCUUAAAAAACAAGACGAGGACAUAAAGAUGUUGAGAGAAGAAAUACAGAAAGAGUAUGAUGAAAAAGUAACUAAGAUAGAUGAUGAAAAAAAGAAAGCAGUGAAGGAUAGCGCAGUUGCUGCUAAAGAAAAGGCGACCAUACUUAGCAUCAAACAAGAAUUAGAAACGAUGAAAUCAGAACUCCAAGCUCAAUUAGAAGAGGUUACCGAAGAUAGAUCGAAAUUAAAUGUUGAAAAACAACACAUGCAUAUGGAAGAACAGCGAAUUCUAGCUAAGAGUCGUGAUUUAGAUUUACUUGCAAAAACAGCAAUAGAUAAACAAUCACAAGCAGACAAAAAAUAUUCGGAGGCAGAAUAUUUACAAAGAAAAUACGAGGAAAGAAUUCGACGGAUACAAGAGCAUGUUGUCUCAUUAAACACAAGAGAGAAGCAAAUUGCUAAAGAGAAGGUAGCAUUGUCUAGAGAAAGAUUAAAUUUGCACAAUGAAAGAAAACAAUUGGAAAGUAGACAACAAUGUUCUUUAUGUAAAAGCACUCAGAAUGUAACUACAUAUACAUAUGAACCUAAUUAUAAUAUGCCAGAUACUUUUCUUAACGUCUCUGUGUCUAGAGACUACGGUGGUGCUGAAGUGAAUUCUGCAAUGAAUGCAAUCGAACACGAAAUGGCGUAUCUUAUGAGUAGAAAUUUUAAUCUAAGACAUAGUACAAGUCUUACUAACGAAGAAAGGAGUUUUAUUGAAAAAAAGACUGCUGCCGAAAGUAAUUUACAAUCUGUCCAGAACGAAACAGGGCCAUUAAAGGAUUUUAUGGACCCGAAAUUUAUGAUGCUACGUUUAGAUGUUCAACAGGUUUUAAGUAAUUUGGAACAAAACAAAAAUGACGAUGACCAUUCAGGUGAUGAAGAGAAGUAGUGUGUCUUAUUAUAAUUACUACUAUUAUAGUUAUACUUGAAAAUGAUUGAUUUUGGUAAUUUGAUUUUGUCGACUAGCUUAAAAAAGAUAUGUUCUCGUAUACCUACACUACGAAUUUAUUAUAUAUAGCAUUUUAUACUGUUUAUAUACAUAAUAUUACAGAAGUAACAAGGAUUUCGAUACGAAGAUUUUCACGUUUCAUUCGUAACCGAUCCGAAUAUUUUAGUGGUGAUGUAAUCGCAAUGUUUUGGAUAAGCUGAAUAACAGCGGCCAGAUGUAAUGAGUAGACAUUCUCGUCCACCUUUACACAUCUUCGUGUGUUACUAUAACCAAAACUAGCUCGAUACUUAUCUAGACAAUACGUAAAUAGUCACUCAUUGUAUCGGCUAUUUACGCAGACACUUUCCGAUUGAUAUUUUUUCAAGUUAAAUUGUAUUAAGAUCAAGUUAUUUCUUUAAUAUUACGAGAAAAGUA